UGGGAAGGGAAAACGGGAACAGAACCGCAGAAGUCUCCAAAACCCUCUCUUCUCUGUGGUGGCAGCGGGUAAUCUGCGUUCAUCUUCCUCCGAUCCCCGACUGAGAAAUUGGAAGAGAGACUUACAGCACAAGAUAUUCGUUUGAAAAUGGCUGCUAAUGGAGCUGUUGAUGUGGAAACGAAGCGGAAAAUAGCAUCAGCUUUAUGCAAGUACUUUUCUGUAUCGCCGUUGGGUGAUGUGGGGAACUCAGAUGUUAAGAGCUUGUACUCCAACAUCCUGAAGUCAUCAGGAAAAUUCACUCCAUUGAAUGGACAAGAUGAGGUGAUGAAAUGGAUAGGGUUUGCAGAGAGUUUUCCUCAAGACUCUAAGGCGUGUUGUCAAGCUCUCAGCGGACUAAACGAUGAUUUGCUUGUAAAGGCUGUACUUUUGGGGAAUGGGCUCAGGCCAUCGGAAGCUGAUGUUAUUGUAUUCUCGGCCAUACAUUCUUUUGUGAUGGGCCUACCGCAGUCCGAAACGGAGAAGUUUGUGCAUGUAUUCAGAUGGAUGGAUUACAUACAGAGUCUUACUCCUGCGGGCCCUUUUGAACUUGUGUUUCUGGUUCCUGAAUUGACUUGGUUUCUUUCACUGUUCUUCCAGCACAGGGUAGAUUUUGGGGAACUGUUUGAGAAAAUACCAUUGGCGAAGGAUGCAUUUGUCCCGCAGGUGCGAGACACCCCCAGUGUAGGAAAAUUAGAAGCGGAUCCAAAUGCUAAGAAGACUGGACAAAACACAAAGAAAGCAGAGAAGGUGGAAGCUGACCUAAGUGCGAGCAAAAUUGAACCUGAGAACUCAAAGAAAAAAGUUCAAGCAAAGAAGGAAUCUAAUGAGGACAAGAAGAAACCAGCCACUACAGAAGUUGUAGAGAAAGAUAAAGAAUUGAGUGUUAGUUUGCUUAAUAUACAGGUUGGCCUUAUCCGCAAAGCAUGGAAGCAUCCAUCAGCUGAUAGUUUGUUGGUUGAGGAAAUUGAUGUUGGGGAAGCCAAAGUGAGGCAGGUGGUUAGUGGUUUGGCAAAGUAUUAUAGUCCAGAACAGUUGACGAAUCGGCGUGUUGUGCUGAUUGCAAAUGUAAAGCCGGGAAAGCUCCGUGAUGUGAUGUCAGAAGGACUGGUUUUAUGUGCUUCAAGUGAAGACCACACUGCUGUGGAACCUCUACUGCCUCCUGAAGGUGCCAAAAUUGGAGAACGUGUAUCAUUCUCAGGGAUCGAAGGUAAGCCAGAAGAUGUGCUCAACCCGAAAAAGAAGCAGUUGGAGAAAAUAACACCAAAUCUUUUCACUGAUGACAAGGGUGUGGCCACGUUCAAGGGCAUACCUUUCAUGACUUCUGGUGGGCCUUGCACAUCAUCCAUCUCAAAGGGAACCAUCAAAUGAUCGAACUGAAUCACAGAUGGAUGAAUGAGUGGUAAUAUACAAUGAUCCUUGCUGCUUAAAGAUGGCUUGCCGAUGUAUGGACUAUGAACCGUAAAUGUAAUGUAUUUGAGGUGACAAUGCUGUGGUUUAGACAGUGCUUGUGUUUAAGAAGUUAAAAGGAGUUUUUUUUGGCCGAGUAUGAAUGGUUGAAUGUUGUGUGCCAACGAAAUGGGUGAAGUUAAAUGAUUAUGGUGGUGGAUGGAAAUGGGAGCCACAUAACAUAACAUAUGCCAUCAGGGAUUGCUGGUAGACUGGGUUGACAAGCAUCUGCUAGUUUGGAAGCACUUUCCUUGUUAACUUUUAACAUUGUCUUCGAAAGUAAGUUGGAUAAAGGUUAUAUUAUUCUCUGUUUUAAGUUAGUUCAUGAUGGAGCUGAGGC